UAAGAGACGAUCUUUGUUUUAGACGUUGACUUGACUCACAUCGUCACCCUGUUAAAUAAUCGCCUAACUCAUUUUUUCAAGUUUUGCAGGAAACACAAAAACUUCACCAAAAGUGUAACAUAUGACAUUUGUGACGACAUGCAAGUUACAUAGUAAAUGUAUUAUUAUUUUUUUCUUCUUUUUUUAACAUACAUUUUUUAUAAUUUAUUUAUAUUAUAUUUUAUUUUAAUCGUUUUGGGGCGAUUUCUGAGCAAUUAUCAGUGUAUAUUCAGACAGAUACGUUCCUCAGGGCCACAUCUUUGAUACCCUGUUUGUUACUAUGGUAACAUGACUUACCGACGUUUUAUCAAUCAAUCAAAACUGGUCGAUUAACGCAUUGGCUGACAUUAAUAUGUUGACACCGGACCUUUGUUUAAUCAGAAUUUGGGAUGAGCUAAUUUAACGUUAUUUCUGAAGAAAAAGUUAAAGAAAAACUUUUGAAAGAGCGACGUGGUCGAAUUUAAAGUUAACGCUUGCUUAAAUAUUUUUUUUGUUAGCAAGGUUAGCUAGCUGGUGAGUUUUUUAACGUUAGCACGUUAGCAUAAACGCUUGGGCAUGAGAAUAAGAGAUAUUAUACUAGUAAUUUUAAGUUAGCCACAGUGACACUUUGAUGACAUUUAACAGUUGUUGCUUUUAAACUUCUGAGCCAUUUAAUGAGGAAAAUGGAUAAUACAGGGGUUUGCCGCAACAGCCGUAAUACUAUAAGGACCGAUCUCAGUUUGCUGCUUGAGUGUCUGAAGUUUCAGAUGAAAUGCCCUGAUUUGCAGAAACAAGCUCUUCUCACCAUUCACUCAAUCUGUGAAAAGAGAGAGGAUAAUGUGGAUCUGCUGAGAGAAAUGGGAGGAGUGGCAUUUGUAUAUAACCUCUCCAAAUCCAGUCUUGUUCGUUCAGAUGUUAAGGAGACGGCACUCUUUACUCUUGGCACCUUAGCAGAGGCCAAUGUGUAUUGCAAGAAUUCUUUGUGCCGAAAGGAGACAUUUGCAGAUCUUGCUGGUUGGUUAAUGAAAGAAGACAUCCCGCUGACACUGAAGAGAGUAUCUGUGUAUUUGCUGUCUGUGUUGAUAGCAAACAACAAAACAGGACAGACUUUAGGACAAACCACCGGCUGCCUGGAUAUUCUACUGGACCUCUUCAGGACCACAUCCCCUCUCUCCCCAGAGGCUUCACUGAGAGCAAGCAAUGCUACUCAAACCAACCAAUUUUGGGCAUCUGUGUCUAGUGCUCUCUGUGGAUGUGUCAACAACCCUCAGAAUGAGGAGGGUCAGCGAAUUUGUGUAGCCGCCUUUCCAAUAAUAAAAGUCUGGCUUCAGCAAAUUUCUUUGCCACGCACUGAAAUUUUUCAACCCAUUUGUUCCUUCAUAGCAAUGACGGUUGCCAACAACUCCUGUGUUCAGGAGAGUUUUUCUGCUGCAGGGGGUCUGGAUACUCUCACUCAUGCACUGGUUCAUCUAGCUUCUGCAGCAGAUACAAGCUUGUUGUCUUGCCAGCUUUCUGUCACUAUAUCCAAGACCCUGUCAGCCUGCAUCACAGAUAAUUCUUCUCUGGCUGCAGGUCUGGCUCAGUAUGGCUUGGUUUCCCACCUUUUCUCUCUGCUGGCUAGCCCACACCUGGACCCUGAGGACAGGCUCUCUGUUUUACUCACACUUGGCCACUGCACUGUGGCCUCUGAGGAGCACCAGUUUCAGUUGGUGCAGUGUGGAGGCCUGCCCCUUGUCAUAACCUUACUUACAGAGGAUACAAGUGAGGAGGUUAGGAAGGCUGCUACAUUCAUAUUGCAGACCUGCAAACAGGCCACCAUGUCCUUGGGAGUUCCUGACCUGAUAGCGAGACAGGGGGAGUGUGAAAAUGCGGAACUCCUUGCAAACAUGGAAGGCUUCAGGAGUUCAGCUAGAGAGCUGCGGCGCAGGAUUGACCUGCUAGAGAAGAGACAAGCAAAGGAGGCUGAGGAUGAGCAUGAAGACACAGACCCAUUAGCUUUGACCGAAGGGCUAGGACAUCCAUCUCUGCCUCCAGCCUUACCUGUGUCUCUGCAACAGAAGGAGAGUAUUAAAACCAUUCAGAACAGCACUCUUAAGAAUGUAGAAGCAGGCCGUGACAACAACAUUGAACUUCAAACUGUCAGAAACGUGAUCAAGAAUAAGAAUGAUGGUGAACCUAGAAACAUGAGCUCCAAUUUAAGUAUGCAGGAAGAAAAGGCUGAAACCAUUGGAAGGGAUGCUUGGUGCUCAGUGUGCAAGGGUACUGGAGCCCUCAUGUCUUCUUCCCUUAUGUGGUCACUAGAGGGAGGCAGAGAGCUGCCUACAGCAGACAAUCAGGUGUUUAAGCCCCCAGCAACAGUGAGGCAAAGUGUACCAAAAGAAAUUAAUUGUACUCAAGGAGAAGAGCUGCAGGGCUGUGGGAUGAGUAAGAAAAUCCAAGUGAAGGAACACUCCCUGGCUCAUAUCAGAUGUGCAGGUUGUGUGUUGCCUUUUGAGCAGGUGACCAGUCGCACUUUUACGUCUCUCCAAAGCUCCUGCCACCAUAGCUGUGACAUACACAAGGUUCUCCAGGAGGCCACAGAGCGGUUCAGGACUCAUCACUGCAACCUUCUGCACAGAAGAGAGUACCAAGACGAAAUUGUGCUGCAGACAGACCCAGACUUUGAGGAAGCUUCAGACGCAGAGCCACAGAGGGAAAACUGGAACGAGAUCAGGCUGGGAUGUAAAGGAGCAGGAAAAGGCAAGAGCUGCCUGCCAGAACAGCACUGGAAGUACAAUGGCAUCAGUUUGACGCCACUACGCAGAGGAGCUAAAAAGAAGACAUUGUCCUCUCAUAACAAGAGGGGUCCAGACUUGAUUCCCCUGAAAAGGUCUCGUCUUCCGGAAGAGAGAAGAGGAGGAAAUAAUGAGGGGAGUCUUGCUCUGAAUGACGAGCCAAGGACUACAACAGCGUCCACUGGAAGGACAAGAAAAAACUUUAGCCGUGAGGAGGUGCGUUACCUGCUGUGCGGAGUGAAGACUUAUGGCUUCUCCUGGAACAUUAUCCUGUGGUCGUACCCCUUCCAACCUGGACGCACCAAUGUCGACCUGGCCAAGAAGUACAGGCGGCUAAUGGCAACAGGACAAAAUCUCCUUUAAGUUAGACAUUUGAUAUUUCCAUCAUAAAUGGUAAGUUGCAUUUAGAUAAAUUAUCCGAUUGUUUCUUUGUCUUCAGAAAUGUAAAGACCAGGAUUCUGGCUGUGCGUAAUCCUGGCUCAGAGAUGGCCAGCCCUUUAGUACUGCAUCCUGUAAAUGAUAGUUUUGACUCUCUUCAAACUGUAUUUGGGAAAAAAAGAAAUUAUUAUCCAGUUAUUUACCCAUAAUAUAUUUUCCACUCUCUGUAGUUUUCUACUGAUUUGUAUAUGGUUUGCAUUAGGUAGUUUUUCCAGUGUUAUCAGUGUUGUGUUAAAUGUAAAAACAUUAAAACAAGUAAUGUUUUAAAUUAAAUUUCUCUGUCAGUGUUGUGUUGAACAUUUUAAAUUAUAGAUGUAGCUGCAGAUGCUAUUU